AUGGCGCAGCCUAUCUAUUUGCAGCUCCUAUUCCUACUAUUACUAACCAAAACCUUGUUCUUUCGAUCAACAUACGCCGUGGAUUUGGUCUUCAAUGGCUUUAAUUCCUCCGAACUCUUUUUCUACGGCACGGCGUCGCUCGAGUCUCGUGUUCUCAUCCUUACAAACAACUCUGCUUUCUCUGUUGGCCGCGCCCUUUACCCCACAAAGAUACCAACAAGACCUCCCAACUCCUCCACGCUCCUUCCAUUCUACACCUCUUUCAUCCUCUCCAUCGCUCCCAGCGAUGGCCAACUCUCCGGCCACGGCCUUGUCUUCAUCUUUGCUCCCACCACCGGAAUCAAUGGCACCAGCUCUGCUCAAAAUCUGGGCCUCUUUAACCGCACCAACAACGGCAGCCCCGACAACCACGUACUGGGCAUCGAAUUUGACAUCUUCCAAAACCAAGAAUUCAAUGAUAUCAAUGACAACCACGUCGGCGUUGAUAUCAACUCUCUCACGUCACUAACUGCUCAAUCGGCCGGUUAUUGGGCUAAGAACAGAAGUGAUCAGGAUAGGACCUUUCAUGACCUGAAGCUCAACAGUGGCGCCAACUAUCAAGUAUGGAUUGACUACUCGAAUUCUCAGCUCAAUGUCACCAUAGCCCCAGUCGGAUUGAAAAGGCCUGAGCUGCCAUUGAUUAGUACUCCUGUCAAUCUGUCUGACGUUCUUCUGGACGAAAUGUAUAUCGGCUUCACUUCAUCGACGGGACGACUAGUUGCGUAUCAUAGGGUUCUUGCUUGGUGUUUCAGUAAUUCAAAUGUCUCGAUUGGAGAUUCCUUGCUAACUUCGAGUUUGCCGUUGUUUGUUCCUUAG